AUGCUGGAGUGUGGCGGGGGUUGGUGGGGGGAUGGAGAUUCUUGGGAUGCAGGCAGGAUGGGCGGAGUCUGAAGAUCUUUCCAUCGGACAUAGUAGCAGGCGGUGCAGCAGCAGUACAAGCAAGGACGAGUGCAGCAGCAAGAGUAGCACCAGCAAGAGUAGCAGCAGCAGCAGCAGCAGCAGCAGCACCACCACCACCACCACUGCCAGCUGUUGCAGCAAAAGCAUCAGUGAAAAUGUUGCCUCGACCACUGCCACCAGCAAUUCUGCCCCUGCCCAUGCAUCUGUCACCGUAGCUGCUACCAGCAGCACCAGCAGCAGAGAGAGUCCAAGAGCAAGAGCUCGCAUUCUUUGUCUGCAUGGAUUCAGACAAAAUGCCUCGUCCUUUUCUGGGCGGACGCGCGCGCUGCAGCGGAAGCUCAAGUCGGUGGCAGAAUUCGUCUUUAUUGACGCCCCGCAUGCACUCGCACACGUCGUCACAUCCUCAGGUGCCUCUUCAGGUGCCUCUUCAGGUGGCUCCUCAGGUGGCUCCUCAGGUGCUCAAGCAACAGAUGCUCAAGCAGGUCAGGGUAGUCUGCACAGCACCAAGGCAGCAGCAAGUGGUAGCCUUCCCCGACCCAAGUAUGCGUGGCUGACAGGACCCAUUGACCUUGCCCUUCAAGCAUCCUCUCACACCACCCUCCACUGUUCAUCAUCAUCCCCUCUUCCCACCAUACCAGCUGGCACCGUGCCAGCUGGCAGUGCCGAAGUGGUGCCAGCUGUCACAAGCACGCGAGCUGUUGCUGCGGCAGCGCCAGCUCACGCAGCAGUGCCACCUGUGCUACUAGCUGGCGGAUUCCCUGCUGACCAGCUGGACGGGCAGGUGUACGGCUGGGCGGCGAGUUUGUCCUAUCUGAGGGAGGUGGUAUCCAAACUGGGCCCUUUUGAUGGGGUUUUGGGGUUCUCCCAAGGUGCUGCUGUGGCUGCUGCUGUUGCUGCUCUGGCUAGUCAAGAAAGGAAGGAAACACAGGGUUUGUCGCAUUGCAAGGAGGGGGAGGGAUUGGGAGGGACAAGGAAGCAGAGUGAGGAGAGGAAGGAGUGUGAGGAACAGAAGGGAAGGGAAGAGGGUGUGGAGAGAGGGGGAGCAGUGGGGGAAUGGAAGGGAUGGGGCAUACGGUUUGCGAUUCUAUGCUCCGGUUAUGUAGCCGCAAGUGAGGCGCAUUCGUUUAUGCAUGACUUGACGGGUGAGGCGGUGGUAACGCUGCCAUCGUUACACGUCUUCGGAGCAAGCGCAGACCACAGCAAUGCCAUGCUUGAUGGCCCAAGCAUACCAAGUGUAUCAAACAACGACCACUCUCGGUCCACCACCCCCACUCGCACUGCUGAUGCCACUGCAGCCACAGUGGGUAUAAUCACCAUGCCAAGCUCUCGGCAGUGCCACCAUGAUCGGCAAGUAAGCCAGCAGCAGAGCGAGGAGCUUGCUGAAAUGUUUGAGGCGGACUCUCGAGUGGUCUUGUGCCAUGAUUGUGGCCAUGUCAUCCCUGUGAACGAAGCAAUCAUAAGCGCUUUCAAGGAUUUCAUAAUGCGAUAUGGAAGUAUUUGAUUAAUGUUUUCAUAUGUCCGAUUAUACUAUUCGACUGUAGCUGUGUUAGCUGUGGUCGUGUGGUGUGGUACAG